CUUUUGUUAUGGCUCGUGCGGUGCCAUGACUCGCUUGAAGUCGCAUUAGGUCGUACCCCGCUUACUUCUCGCGCACAGACGGAAACAGGAGAGCGACGAGUGCGUGCCCGAGACCCUGAAGCCGGAUGGCGGCGUCGCCAGAGUCAAACAUGGCAGACUUCGACGCGAUCUACAAAGAGGACGACGUAGACCUGAGGGCCAACGAAGACACGUUGGUGAGCCUCGUACCCCAACCGAUGGCCAUAGGAGGCGCCGGAAACAUGACAGUGUUUGGCCUGAGCAAUAAAUUCGACACGGAAUUCCCGCCAACGCUAUCUGCUAAGGUGGCUCCAGAAGAAUGCAAAGCUACCAUUGUGCGCAUCAACAGCGUCCUGCGCAAGACUCUACCCGUGAACGUCAAGUGGCUUUUCUGCGGCUGCCUGUGUUGUUGCUGUACCCUCGGAUGCUCACUCUGGCCCGUCGUCUGCUUGAGCAAACGGACGCGGCAUUCGAUAGACAAAGUCCUGGACUGGGGGAAUAGUCACCUUUACCACACUGUCGGUCUACAUUGGAAGCUUGGAAAGCAGCGGUGCGAUUCCAACAGCACGAUUGAAUACAUGCUGCUCGUCGAAUUCAUCCCCAAGUUGGCCAUCCAUCGGCCCGACUAA